AUGGAAUUUUCGAUCCAUAUCGUUGAGCGAAGCGUUCGUAAUCAUUUGCCGAGAGAAGGUGAUAAACGGGAAACGCCCCAGGAAGGGGGUGUCAGUCCGUCGUUCAGAACUCUUGACGCGGAGCAAAGCGCAAACUGCGAAGAUGCUGGGGCCAUACCGGGUGGACCAGAUGCCGAACAAGCUGCUGCAGGGGUGGAAGUGGACGGGGAACCUGGUCGUGUUCUCGUUGACUCGGGGCGCUGUCUGUACAGUAGUCGAGAACAAACACUCUGGCACGGUGUCCGUGACUUGGCAGCUCUUUCUUCAGCUGCCGAUCGUGACGAAAACCUUCUUAUCGUUGACGUGGUCAUUCACAGUGCCACGGUUGAACCAACGCCUUUGGAAGCAGUCAAGACUGAAGCAGGUGACGGCCCCGUGGAGGAACGCGGGAAAGCACAAGUCGGCCGCGUCGACCGAGGAAGUUCAGCUGACUCUCCGACUGCUGGCCGACGCAUGGCCGCAGAUCCGAAUGCGUUUCUUUGUGACGCAGCCUUGAACUCCACACGCCUAGUGCUCGAGUCCGAGGGCUCCGAGGAGCGGGCGCCCGCGUCUGCAGCUGACGCUGGGAUUCUUAAGGCUGUCUCCAAUUCCAGUGCAGGUGCGCCGCCAGCAGCCGAAGAGAAGAGACUGGGGCGAAGUGGCGGAGCAAAUCCCCGGGUGCACAAGCACUCGCGCGCAGGCCGCGCAUCCGCAACUGGAGAAGGUUCGCUCGAGGCCGACGCAGGCAGUGGAAGGCGUCGAGGACAGCAGUCCAGUCGCUUGGCCGUGGACGACGCGGUACAAACUGCAGUUCGACCGGAUGUUUUGCCGAGUCAAGCCGGGGUGGAGAAAGCGGGGGCCGGUUCUGCGGAAGGAUUGGUGGGACGCCAGAGUGGUGCGAAGAGCCGCGCCGGAUGGAACCCUCGCGGGAAAGGCGCGCCAGACUCGAGCGGCACGGAGGCCUUGAAGGCAGAAGGAACUCACUGCGGCCCCGUGGGUGCAGGAUUGGGGAAACGGAGAGGGAUGCGGCCGCUUCAGGCCGCGCGCGCGCAAGGGGUGGUCCGUGGGACGUCCGGCGGUACGGGGCGUGGCAGUUCCGGAUGCGAGGCAGCGCUGCCCAGUUCUCCCGAGCAGGACUUUCCCAGGCUUCAGGGGACGGAGACACUGGAGCCCGAGGGUAACACAGAGACAGUGGCUACAGGAAGAAGGGGCGAGGAGCUCGGAAGGUCGGCUGGAGCCCGACGGGCGGAUUCUCAGCAGUGCAUGCAAGUGGGAGGUGACGGAGGAGGGCCUGCGAACGCAUCGGCCAGGAAGAAACGCGAGAAGCAGCGACAGCGUCGGCGGAGAGGCAGCAAUGCGAGUCGGAUGGGCGGAGACGUGGCACGCGUGCUUGCCGCUUGGAGCACCUCCAGAAACAUGGACUGUCCCGCCGAUAGUGAACGUCUGGGGGCGGCGAUUGAGAAUAUCCUGCAGGCUCAAUCUGCAAGCAGUAGCGCGUCGAUCGGCAGUAGGCCUUCGCCUUGGGGAGGCUCCGAGGGCCACUCGGCCGCGUUGUCAACGGUUUGGGCACGAGGGCACGGCCCACACGGCUCGGGAGAAGAGACUGGGAGGAAUGUCAAGACUACCCAGUCGAGACUUCAACCUAACUCUGCACUUCCACCAGAUCCAACUGGCAUUGCUCUUUCACAGCAGUGGCGUUUCCGAGAAGGUGCCGCGCAGCCUUUCGUGCAGGCGACGUCACAAGUCUGCGCGCGUGCAUCGUGCCAGAGCGAAGAAGGGCGCUGGGAGAUCGAUACAAACCGAGGAGGCGGCCAUACUUUGUCGGCACUAAACAUGUUGCUGUCCCUGGCUGGGCGUGAUGGCACGGAUGCCUUUGGCCAGUCGGUGAUGAGCCCCAGACCCUCGCAGAGUCCCUCCCAACUACCCGGUGGCGGUCCUUCGCCUUAUCUGCCGUCUCCUUUCCAAGAGAAACUUGCAUGCGGUGUAGCCCACGGCGGGCGCGGAGAUCAGCGCGGAGAGUGGAACCCGGCGUUUGCGGAGGGCGCAGACCCACGGGUAGCACCGACUCGAGGAAAAGGGGUGUUUUUGGAGCAACAGAACUCGUACGGUCGUGUCAGUUUGGGAAGAGGUUUCCAGGAAGCCGGAGCAGGACUCGGCGCUCGGGGACGGAACUUCCCCGUGGCUCCGCCGCCGGGACUGCCCCCUGCGUCGCGGGUAGGAUUAGGACGCGGGGACGUUCCAGACGUCUCGGGCUCGGUUCCCAUGCCAGCGAGCACUUUGACUGCCUCUUUAACGGACAACGCACACGAACCUCCAGUCCUCGUCCAGUACGCGCGAGCUCUUCAAGCGGCCGCCGCGUCACCCCCCACAGCGCAGCAGCAAAUCAGCGGAGCUGAGGAGGAUGCUUCAAGCGGGCCAGGGUUUUCGGCAGAUCGGCUGCCAGGCGUGGACCUGCAGCGUGGCUUAAGUCAGGAUGUUUUGGCCAGCAGGCAGAGAUUCAAUGAGCGAGUCCACGGACAAGAGACGCUGGAUGGAGUUUAUCCCUCUGGGAAUCGCAGGGAGUCCAGUGUUGCCCCGAGAGGCAGUUCCUUCUAUUCGCCUGGCCUGACCGCACUGGAAGAAGCAGAUCGGGAAGAGGCUAGUCGUCGACUAGCUCGGGUUCUUCUUGGGGACUGCGCGAUCCCCGAGUCUCCGCUAGGCGUCUGUCUGAGCAACAACGACGCUACUGACAUACCUGCCGCGCACGUGCCGACGCCGGCGGCGGCCGAACAGAAUCCCCAGUUCUUGUGGCGACAACCUCAGCCAGAUACACAGCCUCCGGAGGGGAGAUAUGCUGGAUCGGCGGGAGGCGGUGUAUCUUCUGUCGUUGCAACAGCUCUCGGCCUUGCUGUGGGAUCCCGAGGCCUCGGAGGGAAUCUGGUUUCCUCGUCUCUGAACGUCGUGGAUGCGGAUGUCGCGCGGUUUAGGCGCCGCGAGGGCCUUUCCUUUGAUCGCGGAUUGAUCUGUGGUCUGUUUUCCCAUCCCAUCGCACGAUAUCCGGACGAAGGCACGCACGGGGAGUCCGGCCUCCUCGGCCAGCACCUAACAGCGCAGGCGCCCCCGGAGAUGAAGAGUGCAUUCGAGCAGCAGGUGCAAACGUUGGGUGGAAUGCGAGACGGGUAUUCUCGAACUCCGCAUUCACCGUACGACGCCUCUCGGCCAUCGUACGCACCGUGCGAUGCCCGAGUACCCCAGGUCGACGAAGACCUUCCAGGGGAGAAUGAGGUGACACGGGAGUAUGCGUUGCAGUAUUUAGCCGAGAAUAUUGGGCGCAUAAGAAGGGACACUGCGGAGUACGACUCACUGGUGGGAAGAUCAUCGUCUUCGCUCCGAGGCCACUCCGUUACUGUCGCGAUGCUCCCGAGAACACCUUUCAGGUUGUCCGGCGACAGCCAGAUUGGAGACACUGCUCUUCCGGAGGUGCCGGCUAGUGAAGAGUGA